CUUGCAAUUGUGUAGAUAUAGAAUUUUUUCUUCCAAAGUAUUCAAUUAAGUUCAAUAAUAUGCCUAUUACACUUAAAAACCCAGAUCUUAUUAGAUCCAAACCAUUUAUUAACGGUCAAUGGUUUGAUUCCAAAUCUACCGAAACUUUCAAGGUGAUUGACCCAGCCACUGGUGAUUUGAUCAUUGAAUUACCUGAUCAAACUCCAGAAGAAAUAGAUCAUGCUAUCCAGGUAACCCAUGAUGCUUUUGAGCUGUUUAAGAAGACAUCUCCUUACGAAAGAUCAAAGUUGUUGAGAACCAUGUACAACCUAAUGAUGGAAAAUGCUGAAGAUUUAGCUAAGAUUAUUACUUGGGAAAAUGGUAAAUGUUUAGCUGAUGCUAUUGGAGAAGUAAAAUAUGCUGCAACUUACUUUGAAUGGUUUUCCGAAGAAGCAAAGAGACUUUAUGGUCACACAAUCCAACCUACCAACCAUAAUAAUAAAGUCCUUACUUAUAAGCAACCAGUUGGCGUUGUCGGAUUGUUGUGUCCUUUUAACUUUCCUUCAGCUAUGGGAGCUCGUAAACUCUCUCCAGCUUUUGCUGUUGGGUGUACUGCAAUUUUGAAGCCAGAUGGCCAAACCCCAUUAUCUUCUCUUGCAUUGGCAUAUUUGGCUGACAAGGCAGGCUUCCCAGCAGGUACCUUCAAUGUAGUGCUUACAUCUACUUCAAACACUCCAAUGUGUGGAUUGAAGUUUUGUGAAUCGCCUCUUAUUAAAAAGGUUUCAUUUACCGGUUCUACUCAAGUAGGUAAGCUCUUAAUGAAGCAAUCUUCUUCAACUUUGAAGAAACUUUCAAUGGAGCUUGGUGGUAAUGCCCCAGUGAUUGUCUUUGAUGAUGCCGAUAUUGAUUUGGCUGUUAGUCAAUCAAUUGCUUCAAAGUUUAGAUCUCUAGGUCAAACUUGUGUUUGUGCCAAUAGAUUAUAUAUUCAUUCCAAGAUUUACGAUGAAUUUACAAAGAAAUUUGUUGCUGAAGUCGAAAAAUUUAAGAUUGGUAAUGGAUUUGAUGAAGGUGUUACCCAUGGAUGUUUGAUUAACGAAAGAGCCAUUGAUAAGGUUGAAGACCAUAUUCAAGAUGCUAUAUCUAAGGGUGCCAAAAUCUUGUACAAAGGUGGUAAGUUACCAGAUUUAGGAAAGCAUUUCUAUAAGCCAUACGUCAUUGGUGAUGUUACUCAAGAUAUGAAGGUUAUUAAGGAAGAGACUUUCGGACCUUUGGGUGCAUUAGUAAAAUUCACCGAAAGAGAUGAAGUUUUGAAAUGGUGUAAUGAAUCAGAACAUGGUUUGGCUUCUUAUGUUUUCACUGAAAAUUUGAAUAAUGCAUGGUAUAUGUCAGAAUUCUUGGAAUCCGGAAUGGUUGCAGUUAAUACCGGUCUUUUCACUGAUGCUGCCAUGCCAUUCGGUGGUGUAAAGGAAUCAGGAUUUGGUAGAGAAGGAUCUUUAUAUGGGGUUGACGACUACACAGUUAUUAAAUCUAUUACUUUAGGUAAUGUAUAUAAUUAGAUACGAUUGAAUUAGCGAAAGCGUAAUAAGAG